AUGGAUUUGACAUCCCUCUCUUCAACUCUCCCCCGCAGCAACCCCUCCAACGAAGACACGGAUCAGCUUUCUUCAACCUUGCUACUAGCUGCAUUCAAACAAACAGCCCUCUCGGUUACGACCCUCUACAAGACUGCUGCAAAUGAGGCGGAACGCUCCCGCCGUGAAGGGAGGGUAGAGGGCUACCAGGAUUGCAUCGAUGAUCUACUACUGUUCCUGGAGAAGGUUGAGGGAAGGUGCGACAAAAGCUCACUAGAAACGAUGCGGCAGUGGGCACUAUCGAGGCGAAGGAAAGCCGGUGGCACUAGUAAGUCCAAGUCCAGACGCGAGGACCGGGAAGAAAGUGUCGACAGUGAAGAACUUCCUACUAUCGACAAUAAUGUCGAAUCUGUCUCUCCGCAGCCUCAGCAGCAAAAUAGUCCAUCGGCUCCACAACAUUCGGCAAACAAUUCGCCUCCCAGGCCUGUAAAACCACAGCCGAGCGAUGUGCUCCAACAAACCCCGGUGUUUAGCUUCCGUGCCGAUAUGGACCUACCACGACACGUACCUGCACAACCACGCUUCGACAAUAAUAGUUUUGAGGAACUCCCAGACACAGAACUUUAUUCGCCACCCACUUCUCCAACACUAUCAGCUCACAAUCCAACCAUCUUCCAGAACCGGGCUGGUUCUAAUACUACCAACCCUCCACCAUUCCGUCUUGGUAGCCCCACAUCUACUGGAAGGCACCCGCAACAACGUGCUGGGAACAAGAGGAGGAUUGGAACCAUGGCAGAUUUCUUUGAUUUCCCUGGAGUGGAAAAGAUGCAAUUCGAAAGCAAGAGGAGACGGCACUAG